CGGAGGGGCUCCCUCAGGUAAUGGCGCGGGAAGGCGCUCUUGCCUCUCCGUUACUGCCUGCGGGUGGGUUUUAGAUUUCGAUUAUGUGACAGCUAAGAUCGCCAUGUCAGCCCUAUGUCCUCCUCCUUCUCCUGCUGUUGCCAAGACAGAGAUUGCAUUGAGUGGAGAAUCACCAUUACUGGCUGCUACUUUUGCAUACUGGGAUAACAUUCUUGGACCCAGGGUCAGACAUAUCUGGGCCCCCAAAACAGAACAGCAGCUUCUCAGUGAUGGAGAAAUAACAUUUCUCGCAAACCAUACUCUGAAUGGAGAAAUACUUCGUAAUGCAGAGAGCGGCGCAAUAGAUGUGAAGUUUUUUGUUUUGGCAGAGAAAGGAGUCAUUAUCGUGUCCUUAAUUUUUGAUGGAAAUUGGAACGGGGACAGAAGUACAUAUGGACUAUCAAUAAUACUUCCACAGAGUGAGCUUGGUUUCUACCUUCCCCUUCACAGAGUAUGUGUUGACAGGCUGACACAUAUCAUAAGGAAAGGAAGGAUAUGGAUGCAUAAGGAAAGGCAAGAAUAUUUCCAGAAAGCUGCCAUGGAAGGCACAGAGAGAAUGGAAGAUCAGGGCCAGAGCAUCAUUCCAAUGCUGACGGGGGAAGUUAUUCCUGUAAUGGAACUCCUUUCAUCUAUGAAAUCACACAGUGUUGCAGAAGAAAUAGAUAUAAGUGAUACAAUGCUUAGUGAUGAUGAUAUUGGCGACAGCUGUCAUGAAGGCUUCCUCCUGAAAGCCAUUAGUUCACACCUGCAGACAUGUGGUUGCUCAGUUGUUGUAGGAAGCAGUCCAGAAAAAGUUAAUAAGAUAGUACGGACACUGUGCCUCUUUCUCACUUCGGCAGAACGGAAAUGUUCUAGGCUCUGUAGAGAUGAAACCUCCUUCAAGUAUGAGUCGGGUCUCUUUGUGCAAGGAUUGCUCAAGGAUGUGACUGGAAGUUUUGUGUUGCCUUUCCGUCAAGUGAUGUAUGCUCCGUAUCCCACCACACACAUAGAUGUAGAUGUCAACACAGUGAAACAGAUGCCUCCAUGUCAUGAACAUAUCUAUAAUCAGCGGCGGUACAUGAGAUCCGAGCUAACAGCGUUUUGGAGAGCCACUUCGGAUGAAGAGAUAGCUCAGGAUACCAUUAUCCAUACAGAUGAAAGCUUCACUCCUGACUUGAAUGUUUUCCAAGAUGUCCUGCACCAAGACACACUAGUAAAAGCCUUCCUAAAUCAGGUCUUUCAUUUGAAACCUGGAUUGUCUCUCAGGAGUGUGUUCCUUGCACAGUUCCUUCUAGUCCUUCACAGAAAAGCCUUAACUCUCAUCAAAUAUAUAGAAGAUGAUACGCAAAAAGGCAAAAAGCCUUUUAAAUCUCUCCGUUGCUUGAAGGUAGACCUGGACUUAACAGCAGAGGGCGAUCUUAACAUAGUGAUGGCUUUAGCUGAGAAGAUCAAGCCUGGUUUACAUUCAUUUCUAUUUGGCCGACCUUUCUACACUAGCGUGCAGGAACAUGAUGUCCUAAUGGCAUUUUAAAGACAUUUUUGAUGUGGUUUGGUAUAGCUCCACAAUGCUUUUCAAAGAUAUCCAUAAAGGGAAUACAAUACUGCACUUCAUAAGCAUGUGCUGCUGUCCUGUACAACUGAAUGUGAGGCUACACUACAGCCUUUAGAAAAACAGGGAGGCCGUGCUAUUAGGAGUCCGGGACAGUUUUACUUAGGCACGCAUCAAAGGCUCCAUUUCGUUUAUCGUGAGAGUAAAUAUUAUUGUGGGUGGUUUAAAUGCUGACUCAAAACCACAAAAUAAAGAGGAUGAUUAAUUUAAUGGGUUAUUAAGAGCACACUGAAUUUAUCACUUUUUCUUCUUGUGUGUGGUGUUGGGCAGUAUGGUAUAUCUGUCCCUUUCUUAUCUGGAGACUGAGGACUCCAAAAUAAAUGCCAAACGUAGUUUUAAGAUGAACACUUCCAGUGUGUUUGAUAGCAUGAACAGCGUCAUCCAUAUUUUUUUAUCCUGUUCACAAGUUUAUCCUUCAAAAGUCACUAGGAACUUGACAUGUAAGCAUACAUGAAACUGGCAACAGGGUUCUUAUAGCAGGCAGAGUUGGAAGUGAUGCUGCAGAAUGCUUUUUUUUAGGGUAGGUCAUCAUGAAUCACAUUCCUUAUUGCCCAAGUGCCAAGCGAUUAAUUCUGUUAGUUUAGUUAGACCAUCAAGCAUGUUGCACUGUUUAAUGACUAACACAGUUGUAAAUCUUCAAAGCAAACCUAGGAAAACCAUCUUUCUGUGAGCUGCUAGUAAAAGCCAAAUCACCUAGAUCUCCUAUACUUUUGGCGGUGGGGGUGAGGGGCAGCUGGUUUUAGCAAAGUUGGUGGGUAAAUCAAUUAAAGGAAGGGUUGUAGUGGCAAAAUUCUUGUUCUCUGAGAUGUCAGUCUUACUCUUCAGUCCUUACGGCAUACAAAAUUGCCAUCAUGUUGUUUUGUGCUUGAUAUUUCAUUGCAUGCUGUUAUCUUUUUAAUUGAUUUAGUUGUUGCGUUCUUGUUGCCAAAUGCAGGUAUAUUUUUUUAGUGCAAUAUUUUUGUCUUCCUCCAUGUUUUGGGAAAUGCACUGUUAAAAAGACAUCUCUAAACCUGACUGGUCACGUCAUAUAUAUUUUUUCUGAAAGCUAUUCUUAGCAUUCUGUAACGUGAAUCUUUUUUUGGAAACCUGUUAACUAUUGUGAUCCGGUAGUUAAGACUUGUGAGUGUUGACUCAGGUAACCACAUGGAGCUCUAAGGAAGGGUUUCCCCUUUAACUUUUGCAUCUAGGGAAAUCAUCAGUGCCAAACUUUCCCUAUUAGUAAAAUGAGCAGAACUCGGUGCAUCAGAGUCUAAUAGAUCUCUGGAUUACGGCCUUUAACUCUAAUUUAUUAAGAUGUGAAGUUAUCAUGUCAGAAUGCAAAAUGUUAUUGCAGCCUCUCCAGUCUCCUCCCCUCCCACAAAAACACCCCCUUUCCCCCUUCUCCGAGGUUGUGUUUUCAACUUUGGAGGUCAGCCGGUGGGGUUCUUUCCACGCCAGCUGUGAGGGAGAAGGGGUGGAUCUCCAAUUCCCUCACGCGAGGUCAGAGCGCUGUCUCCAACCUCAGAUCAGGAAAUCUGAAGUAUCCUACGGCCCCUCAGACAUUAUCUUGGUGGUCCUAGGAUUGCUCCUUAACAGUCCUAUGUGGCAUUGUGUGUUCACGGUGCAUUGAAUAUAAGGUAUUGGUUAUUUUUUUUAGAUUACUGAAGUGAUAAAUACUGUCAUAUGACUGAGAUAAUUACAUGUUUUUCUGAAAAUUAUUUUAUGAUGUGAUAAUUUCUUGGUGUUUAAAAUCAGCUUAUACAACUGGACACUGAUUGUACUUUAAAUUAGCUGAUUGGGUAUUUAUAUCAUUGUUCUUUCUUUGUUUACACAUUCAGUUUUACACUAAAGUUGACUCUUUCUGGUUUUGGGGUUUUGAAAGAAUUAUAAUAUCCAAUCUCUAUUCUGGGUCUCUCUAUAUCUUUCAUGCUUCUAGGUCAUUGAAUGGGAAGGUGCUUGAAAAAAUAAGUAGAGGUAGUGCUGACAUAAUCUAGUAAUGCGUCAAACUCUGUUUAUUUGCUAUUUUCUUAAAAUUGCAGAAUAGGAUGUUAAGGAUGGCAAACUAUUUUUAAUGUUGCUUGUUAGCUGUGUUUUGCGUGGCUUUAAAUUCUCAUGAGUAAGUUCAAGAGACAUUGCUGCACACAGCCCAAAUUAUUGAAUUAUACGCCUAAUUGUAGCUUGAUGCAUUUUGACAAAUGCCAUUACUACACAUCAUAGUGUCAUUUUCCCAGCACUAUGGAAUGUCUAAAUAUUGAAACCUUGCUCCAAGUUUUAAUGCACUUUUGUCAUGCAUGCACAAUAUAAUAAAAGAUCAAUACCUCCAUA